AUGGCCUCAAAGACGAUAGAAAAGUUUGGACAUGUUCUGCAAGAUGCAAAGCAUAUAACCGAACGCAUAAACGAUGCACCGAAAAUAUCUAUUGAAAACUUCAUCGGAUAUACCUCUGUGCCAGUUGGACUGGCUGGUCCUCUAUCGAUGAGAAAUUCCGAUGGCACCAGUAGUGCAACCUAUGCCCCAAUUGCUACCACCGAGUCUGCAAUCAUCGCAAGCUGCAGCAGAGGCUGCAAGGUUCUCAAUGAGUCUGGCGGAGGGCAGUUUCAUGUCCUGGGCGAAGCAAUGUCUCGCAGUCCAGUGUUUCGAUUUAAUUGUACCCAAGAGGCGAUCGAUUUUGCGCAUCGCGUGCCAGAUCUGUGGAAUCCCAUCGCUAAGGCCGCAGAAUCCACAAGCCGCUACGCCCGUCUUGUGAAAUUGACACCUGAUAUCAUCGGUUCCAAUGUACAUGUGCGGUUUGACUACACAUGUGGAGAUGCAGCGGGCCAAAAUAUGGUCACAAUUGCUACUCAAAAUGCCUGUGAUUGGCUUCUUGCUUCCACACAGGAUCUGGGGCUGAAUAUUACGGGUGUCCUUAUUGAAGGCAACAUGGCGCCAGACAAAAAGCCAUCCUGGGGAGCUGUCUGCUCACCUAGAGGGGUUGAAGUGGUCACAUGGACCUCCCUCUCUGAUACAGUAUGCCGUGCCAUUCUCAAGUGCACGACCGAGACCCUAUACCAUACUUUCCGCACACUACAAGAGGGAGGGAUUCGAAAUGGUCAGUUCGGCUCUAAUAUAAAUGUGGCCAACGUCAUCACCGGGAUCUUUAUUGCGACUGGUCAGGAUGUCGCAUCGGUUGCCGAAGGACCUUGGGGACAUUUGACCCCGGAGUAUGAUCAUAAGUCUCGCCAGCUCAAAUUGACCCUCUAUUUCCCAUCUCUACCCGUUGGCACUGUUGGAGGUGGAACCGCAUAUGAAACGCAGCGAGAAGCCCUCGGCAUUAUGGAAUGCAAUGGUCCUGGCAUGAAAUCCCGUCUAGCGGGUCUAAUUGCCGCUUUUUCUCUUGCGCUUGAAAUUAGUACUACAGCGGCCGCAGCAAACAACACCUUCACCGAAAGCCAUGAGCGACUAGCACGUGUAAAGCAAGGAAAUAGUAAACUUUGA